CAUCAGCUGUUUCAAUCAGGCUCAACAAAGCUAGCUAGCUAGCUGCUACUGCUAUCCACCAUAGCUUUAGCCUGCAUAGCCAACACACUGUUCCGGUAGGUAUAGCUGCACAUGUAGCAGCGUUGUAAUAGUUUGACAACACAUGGAAUAUUGAGAGAACAUGCGAAGAUGUGACUGCAUAUAGGAAAACCUGAAGAUGGACAAGGAGAGCAAACUGUCAUCUGUUGUUCAGUCUUUUGACGAUAAACAACAGAGGAGACAGAGAAAGGAGCCUGCUGAUCCACACACAGCCUCUUCACCACGUCUGAUGUUACCAAAUCCUCAUGUGUCUGAGCAGAGUUUAAGAGGGAACUGGUCGCCAGGUUUGACGACAAAGCAGAAUCCAUCAAAUACAUAUGAAGUGCCAGCAGGAAGAGGAGAUAUGUCAAGGAUUUGUGGCUACGGCAGUGGUCGUUAUGUUAGAGACACCAGUGAUGAUUUCCUGCAGAGAGACGGGCCCACGUGGGAUCCACAAGCAAAGACAUCAAGAGGCAACAAUGGCUCUCUGGUCAAAGGCAGGGUUAUGGGCAAGAGCUCACUAGAUGCACAGAAAAAAGGUUUUAGAGGUGCCAGAUCUGCCCCAAACUCUGCAGAGAAGCCAAAACCAACACAGACAGACUUUGUCCCAUUUGAAGUGAAGAUGACUGAUUUCCCAGAGUUAGCUGGUGGUUUGCUGGGCCAACCGGGCCCUCCUUAUGUUCAGAGAGAGUGCUGGGGUCCAACUCAAACACAAACAUCGGCAUCUUCCUGGAAGUCUGUCAGGAGAGUAUCCCAAACACAGCCUGACCCCCAGAAAAAUACCACUAAUGCUAAGCCAGAUUCCUCUGCUGCUUCACCAGGUCAGCUGGUGGUGACUUCCUGGGCUAAUGUUGCCUCUCAGCCUCCUAAGAAACCCAUCCCUAAAGAAAGAACAAUCCACAGCAAUCACAUACAGAUGGAGGAAAUGGCUGCACAGCAGGAUGGGGGAACUCCAGGGAAGAAAAAACGGAAGAAAAAGAAGAAGGCAGCUAAAGUUGAAGAUGUAGAAGCUGAAUCAGAAGAGCCAGCAAUGUACCAGGAGCCUCCAAAAUUUGAGGAUGAAGAGGAGUUUCCAGGCUUGACUCCUGCUCUGACUAGGAUUGAUAGAUUGAUAACAAGCAACCAUGCAUCCACACUAUGCAAUGAGGUACAUAUCGAAAACCAAAAAGCGCAUCAGUCUACCAACCAAACCAAAGAAAAAUUACCUGCAGCAAAAACUCAGCCCACAGAGACAGCUAAGAAAGGACAGAAAGCUGAAAAGGUGUCUGGGAAGAAAAGCAAAGUUCCUGUUAAACUGGACAUCGGAAACAUGUUGGCCGCCCUAGAAAAGAAGCAAUCUCAAAAAGCCAAGCAGGAUGCCAAACCAGUCAUUCUCUCAGUUGGUGGAGGACUACCUGUUGUCCAGAAGCAACCUUUAUCCCAGAAGAAGCUGUCCAGGCAGCAGGAUAAAAUUGCACACAAUCCCCUGGACUCCACCAGUCCUUUGGUGAAGAAAGGAAAGCAGAGAGAGGUGCCCAAAGCCAAGAAACCCACUCCUCUAAAGAAGGUAAUUUUGAAAGAACGGGAAGAGAGGAAACAAAGACGUUUGCUGGAGGAGAGAGGACUGCUGCCUGAAAAUGAUUUCCAACCUGCUGAUGAUGCUGCAGAAGAAGAACAAUGUGACACAAAUGCCACAGCCUCAGAUGAGGUUGGGAGUCCUUCAGAAGAACCUGAUGAUCAGUCAGACUUUAACGGGACAAACCAGAUGGCACAAGAGGGGGAUGAAAAGGCUGACAAAGAUGAGAACGUAGAGCAAGAAACCACCUCACCUGUGCCCUGUCCAGCUAGUCGACCCAAAAUCCACAGCAGAAAGUUCCGAGACUAUUGCAGCCAGAUGCUGAGCAAAGACGUGGAUGAGUGUGUGACGGAUCUGCUGAAGGAGCUGGUUCGUUUCCAGGACCGCUUGUACCAGAAGGACCCCAUGAAGGCCCGCAUGAAAAGACGUAUUGUGAUGGGGCUCAGAGAGGUCCUGAAGCACCUCAAACUCAGGAAGGUCAAGUGUGUUGUCAUCUCACCUAACUGUGAACGCAUCCAGUCCAAAGGAGGCCUGGAUGAGGCUCUUUACACCAUCAUCGACACUUGUCGUGAACAGGGGGUGCCAUUCGUGUUUGCCCUAUCCAGGAAAGCUUUGGGUCGCUGCGUCAACAAGGCAGUGCCUGUCAGCCUGGUGGGCAUCUUCAACUAUGACGGUGCACAGGACAUCUAUCAUAAGAUGAUCGAGUUGUCGUCUGAGGCCAGGAAAGCCUAUGAGGUGAUGGUGUUGAGCCUGGAGCAGACAGGCCAGGCGGAAGUAGAGGAGUUGGUGGACGUGGAGAAAGAGUUGCACAUCAGCAGCCUGGCUGAGGAGGCUAAACCCGGUCCUGAUGCCACACAGCCAGAGGAACCAGAGUACAUAAAAAUUUGGAAGAAAAUGUUGGAGAAGGAUUGCAACCACACAUUUCUGAACUUUGAAAAGCAGCUGAGCUCCAUGCGCUUGGAUAGUGUAUGCACUGAAAGCACUGAUGAAGAUGAGAAGAGUUGACAGUGGCAACUGUCUGGCCUCUGUGCCAACUCAAAAUGACUCACUCGUUCUGAUCACCAUCUUAGAAGAAACUAAGAUGGACUUAAUCCCACAUGCAGAAAAAGAGCAAUGCAAGCGGUUUGCUGCAGUGGUUCUCCCCCUGAGGAUUUUUUCAGCAAAUGAAUCAUGUUGCUAGUUUGCAAUGAAUUAUGAAUUCCUUUAUUUUCUUUUUGGGAAGCUAAAGUAAGAUAUGUGUUUUUGAGUUCAAGAUAAAGUGUGUGUGGGUGAUAAAAUUGUAGAGAUGUAAUCACUGACUUACUAGGACCAAACCACUCACUUAAAGAAAUCCCACAAUAUGAACCUUGGACCAUGUUGUCUGUAAACAUGACUAGAGGGUGUAUGGGUUAAUGUACUGAAUGUGUGUGUUGAAUGUCAACCAGUUACACAGUAAUAAGAAAUUAGCACAAUCAUUGGGGAUUUCUACCCUGGAGGCCCUUUGGUGCAUUUUGUUUUUCUCUUUUCAAUUUGGUUCAGUUUAAAGUGUUUUUUUGGCAUUUUGACUCAAUCUGACAGGGACAUUAGUGAGGUGACCAGAAAUGAAGGGGUAGUGAAGGUGGAUGACAUGCAACAAAAGUCCCAAGCUAAACUCAAAGUGCAGAGGUUCCUGUUAUAUGGGCAGUGUCUAAUAUGUGAUCAACUAAGAUCCAAUGAGAUUGCAAACUGAUGGUUGUAUAUCAGUUGUGGUGGGAAAAAAACUGCGUGAGAAAUUCAAGUCUGUAAAUGUAGAAAAGGUUGGUUGUCAGACAAAAAUGUAAGAAACUCAAAGUUCCCACACGUGAAGUUGUCACAUGUGCAUGAAACAUGAGUUGCACACAAACACCCUGCUUUUGACUGAAAGCAAGAGAGUGUCUCAACACACACAUACUGUAUAUUAUAUUAUACUCUUUUGCUGUUAGUAUACAAAAACAUACUAAACCAAUUCAUACUAAUAAGGAAUAUAUUAUUUAUUUACUACCACUAUUUACAUUUUAGGUUUCCCUUGUGUAUUCCAUUGCAUUGUUGGAGUAUUGGUGGGAAUUUGUAACUUCAGUGUUUUUACACACUCUCAACAUCUUAACUACAAACUUUUCUUUACAUUCACAAACCGUUUUCACGCCUUACUAAGGAUGAAUUAUAUAUUAUUAUAUAUAUAAAUGUCAUUGAUCCUUAUUUGAGUCCUGAGUCUUAAACCCCAUGACACGCCAAGUGUUGAGUUUAGAGUUAACAAUGAAACUAUGCUCUUUGCCUGAAAUAAUUUUUUACAAGUGUGUUGUUGUUUUUCUGAUUUGAUUGCACUAUGUAGUCGAGCCUGUGCGUUUUAUUUGUUUUGUAAGUACUACACUGAAAUUUGGUGUAAAUGGUAGCAUUUGAUUUUCUUGUAAUAGGAAGAAGAGCAAAUAAUGUUAACAAACAUUGCCGGCUGUUGAUUUGAUUUAAGAGUUAAGUGAGUUGUCUCACAGUCAAAUAGUCUCUACACAAGCUAAAUUUCAUAUAAUCAGCAAAAGUUUGACAUUUUGGGAAAUAUGCUUCUUCACUUUCUGGAGAGUUAGAUGAAAAAGAUUUUUAGCCUUAUGUUAACCAGACACUUUACCGACCUCUUUUGCGUCUCUUGUCUGAAUUACAAAGCCCUUUGUGAACUUUUUUUAAAGGUGCUAUAUAAAUCAUGUGCUAUAUAAAGUUAUUGUUAUGAUAUA